AUGGCAGCAGCUAUAGAUAUCUACAACACAACAGUACCUGUUUUUUCAGAUCCUUGUAGAGAAGAACUCAUGAAAGCACUUGAACCUUUUAUGAAAAGUGCUUCACCAUCACCAACUUCUACUUCUUAUUCUUCCCUAUUGCCUUCAACUUCUCCUUCUUUCUCUACUUAUCCAUCUUGCUAUUACAAUAAUAACCUCCCAAUCACUUCGCAUCCCAACUUGGACCUUGCCUUUUGCUCUCCAUCGAGCACCCAGAUGUUUUCUAAUGGGUUCUCGGGUUACAACCAAAUGGGUUUGGAGCAAACAGGUCCAAUUGGGCUUAACCACCUUACCCCUUCACAAAUCCUCCAAAUCCAAGCCAAAAUCCACCUCCAACAACAACCGCAGCAGCAGCAAAUGGCAAAUUUUGCUCCCACAUCACAGUCAGUCCGUAACCAGAGGGCUAAUAACUUCUUGGCUCCAAAACCUGUCCCUAUGAAACAAUCUGUUUCUCCUCCUCAAAAGCCAACAAAGCUUUAUAGAGGUGUGAGGCAGAGACAUUGGGGAAAAUGGGUUGCCGAGAUUAGACUUCCAAAGAACAGAACAAGACUCUGGCUUGGCACUUUUGACACAGCUGAAGAGGCAGCUUUAGCUUAUGAUAAGGCUGCUUUUAAGCUGAGAGGAGAAUUUGCCAGGCUUAACUUUCCACAUCUUCGCCACCAAGGAGCUCAUGUAUCUGGUGAAUUUGGUGACUACAAGCCUCUCCAUUCCUCUGUUGAUGCAAAAUUACAAGCAAUUUGUCAAAGCUUGGGCUUGCAAAAACAGGGGAAAACAGGGGAGCCCAGUUCCGUUGCUGAUUCAAAGAAGACUGUAUCAGCUCCUUUGCAGACAGAAAUUGUAGAUGAUUGUUCUUUGAAAGGUGAAAUAAAAAGGGAGUUUGAGAAUUUUGGAGUUGAGGACUAUAAGGUGGAGAUCCCAUUACCAUCACCAGCAUCAUCCGAUGAGUCUUUGGCUGGUUCUUCUUCACCAGAAUCUGAGAUUUCCUUCUUGGAUUUCUCUGAGUCUUCGCAGUGGUAUGAGUUUGAGAAUUUUGGUUUGGAGAAAUACCCAUCAGUCGAGAUUGACUGGUCAUCUAUCUAA